CCCCCCCUCCCCAAAAAAAAAAAAAAAAAAAAGCAUGACUACCGAGCAGCUAUACGAGAAGAAAAUCGCCGGUAUUCUAACCGACCUUCCCGGAUCUAUGAGCUCCCACCCGACUCCCAAGGACUCCCCGACUCUGCCCGAGUCCUCCGUGACGGACAUGGGCUACUACAGCGCGGCGCAGUCGGCCCACGGCCAUCACGAGUAUUACCAGGGUCAGGCGUACGGACAGCCCGUCAACUCUUACCACCACCACCAUCACCACCCGCAGUUUAACCUGAACGGAAUGGGAGCCGCUGGAGUGUACGCCACGAAAUCAGAGUACCCUUACACGAACAGCUACAGACAGUACGGACAUUACAACAGAGAUCACCUGCAGGCAUCACCUCCAAGCUCAGUCAAAGAGGAGCCAGAGCCCGAGGUCCGCAUGGUGAAUGGCAAACCGAAAAAGAUCCGCAAGCCCCGGACCAUCUAUUCGAGCUAUCAGCUCGCCGCUUUGCAGAGGCGCUUCCAAAAGGCGCAGUACCUCGCUCUGCCCGAGAGAGCCGAACUCGCGGCCCAACUGGGCCUGACCCAAACACAGGUCAAGAUCUGGUUCCAGAACCGGAGAUCCAAGUUCAAGAAGCUGUACAAGAACGGCGAGGUGCCCCUCGACCACAGCCCGAACGCCAGCGACUCCAUGGCGUGCAAUUCGCCGCCCUCCCCCGCCGCGUGGGACAACGGCACCCCCCAAAGCACCCCCCUCAGCAGAGCUCAGGUGCCGCAGCCGGCGCACAGCUCGUCGCCGCCUUACAUGGACGAUUAUAGCAACCACUGGUACCAGCAGGGAUCCCACCUACAGCACCCGGGUACCGUGCACCACCCGGUCCCGCCGCAGAGCGUGGGAGCUGUUUAUUAACAGUGACUCCAAGCCUUUUUUUUUUUUUUUUUUUACGAGGUCUAACCAAAAAAUGACGUUUGGACCGGGAACACGCCUGAGGAGGUGAUCCAGUCAUCCAGAUCAGAACUUUUUCUUGUUCCAUUCACAAAGGGAUUCGUGAUCACUUUAACGACGUAUUUAAAGGAUUUCUGACGUGCUUUUUGUUUUUAUAUAUAUAAUUUAUCUCCUCUGUUGUAUUCCCCUAUGUUCGCUUUUUGUAAAAAGAUAUGCAACGAUAUUUUUGUUAAACAGUAACCACGCAAGAAUGGAAAUAAAACGAUGCAGUUAUUACGUUCGAGUGAUAAUUCAUGCCGAGCGUCACAUUACUUAAACUCAGGUCAUAUUUAUAAGGUUUUGUACAAAGCGUCGAAGGCUGUAAAUACGUGUUUAUAUAGAACCACUAUUAUGAUCAUAUUUGUUUGAACGACUCAAUUGUGGUUCUCCAUGCAGAAGUCUUUU